AUGCAGCAAAACAGGAACGACCUCUGCCAGACCAGCAUCCAGUCAAACAACGUUUGCUACAACACUCUGAUCGACUCCUGCGGGAAAGGUCGACGGUGGACCAGCGCAAUUUCACUUUUUCAGGAGAUCAGCAAGAACGGUCUGGUGCCAAAUGAGAUCAGCCGCGGGGCACUUAUCCCUGCCGCACCGCACUGGGCGGCAGCACUGCGCGCCAUACCGGGCUGCGGGCAGGUCAUCUGCAAUGCAGCCAUGAGCCGCUGCGAAGAGGCUGGUCAGUGGAGGGCAGCCUUGCAGCUGGCGUGGGAUCGUGAUGAUCUGGACAUGGUGGGCCUAGGGGCCCUGCUGAGUGCGCUCCGCAGCUCUUGGGUGAAGGCUUCUGCCGCCUUGCGAUAUGGCCGGCAGAUGCAGGCCCUCACGAACACCAUCAGCUACAACAGCCUCAUCCACGCGUGCGAGAGAGGGCGCUGCUGGCUCAGCGCUUUGGCUGCGGCUGCUGGAGCUGCAGCAGCCGGGCUCCGACGUAGCAUUGUGACCUUCACUUCCGCCGCAAAUGCCUGUGAGGGCUGCGGUUGCUGGGAGCUGGCGGGGCAGGUGUUGACUGGCUUGUGCCACCUGAGCCUGCGGUCGAGCUUGAUCAGCUUCAACUCGCAGUUACAAGCCUGUGCAAGGGGAACGUGCUGGCAGCAAGCAUCAUUGCUUUUGAACAGUUGCCGUGCGGACGCAACCAGUGCCGCCACUGUCACCAAGGCCCUGGAGCGAAAAGGUCGCUGGGAGAUCAUGUCCUCGUUGCUGUUCGCUUGGCUCCCGCUGCGACACAUUGUGCCGGACCCAAUCUGCUACAACGGGGCCCUCAGCGCUCUACAGGCAGCCAGCAAGUGGCGUCCGGCCUUGCAGGUACUGGCCUCCAUGCUCGGCGCCCGCACCGCCGUCAGCGAGUCGAGUUUCGGGCCUUGCCUUGAGGGAAGCUGGCUCCGCGCUGCGGCCCUCCUCUCUGUGGCUCGUGCUGCGGAGGUGGUCGUAGAUGCCUUGGCCUUGGCGUUCUCUGCUGCUGCGGUGGAGCAAGCAGCACAGAGCAGGUCCGCUUCGGGGGCGAGGGUGCUCCUUUUCGACAGUCGUCGUUCAGUUUCUCCGCCGCAUUUGACACUCAGCAGAUGGUUCAAACCGUCUGCGUACGGCGAGAAGGGAACAGCGAUGGAGAGAGGAUGA